GUCGAAGCUGAGGGAUCGCCGGAACGCCAUUUAUUACUUCGAUUCAAAGAAUUGGCAAUCCACUCCGAGCAGCAAAGAAUCUUGAUUCAUAGGAUACCUUAUCCUCCGAAGGUACAAUUUCUUGGUGACUCUUCUGGAAAAAAAAAUGAGUUUGUCCGAUUUGUUAUUUCUUCUAGGUGAGUUUGCGGAUUUGCUUGUGUAUAAUCGAUGGGUUUGAAGGCGGUGUACUGAUGUCAUUGUUCUGGAUUGUGAUUCGUCAAUUUGCAGAGAACGAAGCGAUGGCCACAUCAAAGAAAGUCAUUACAAGGGAAGAGUGGGAGAAGAAGCUUAACGACGUAAAGAUUAGGAAAGAAGACAUGAAUAAAUUGGUAAUGAAUUUCCUCGUCACUGAAGGUUAUGUUGAUGCAGCUGAGAAAUUCCGGAUGGAGUCUGGGGCUGAGCCAGAAAUAGAUCUUGCAACCAUAACAGAUAGAAUGGCCGUUAAGAAGGCAGUACAAUGCGGCAAUGUUGAGGAUGCAAUUGAGAAAGUGAAUGAUUUGAAUCCUGAGAUAUUGGAUACAAAUCCCCAAUUGUUUUUCCAUCUCCAACAGCAAAGAUUGAUAGAACUAAUUCGUAAUGGAAAAGUAGAAGAAGCUCUCGAAUUUGCUCAGGAGGAGCUUGCGCCAAGGGGAGAAGAAAAUCAAAGCUUCUUGGAAGAAUUGGAGAGAACUGUUGCUUUGCUUGCUUUUGAAGAUGUUUCCAACUGUCCUGUGCGGGACCUUCUGGACAUCUCUCAGCGCUUGAAGACAGCAAGUGAAGUUAAUGCAGCCAUCUUAACAAGUCAGAGUCAUGAAAAAGAUCCGAAACUCCCAAGCUUGUUGAAGAUGUUAAUGUGGGCACAAGACCAACUCGAUGAGAAAGCAGCUUAUCCUCGCAUAAAUGAUUUAUCGACAGCUAUGCUUGAAGAUCCUCCUGUUUGAGAUAUAUCAUCUCAAAUGAUCGAUCGUACAAAGAUGUCUCAACGUAUUUGAUUUGAUACAUUGUGGAAGGAAAACAAAGGAAGAAAAAAAUCUUUGGUUUGAUACAUCUCAAAUGUGUAGGUUCUGUCUAGAAAUAUGAUCAUUUGUAGUUUCCUUGGUUUUAAAUUCCUUAGUUACUCUUACUGUUUGUGAAAUGUUAUGGUGGUUGUAUACAAAUAGAUUGUCGAACUUCUCUGUUCUUCCAAAUGUUGAAUUGUGCGAUAUUUGCUUACUUUAA